CUUCGCAUUCCUUUCCUUUACUAGUUCCAACUUGGAACUUUCGAACGCAUCAUCGUCGACCCCAAAUUCCACUCUUACCUUUUUUUUUACUCCGUUAUAACCUUAGGUAUUCAGGGAAGCGAGCGAAAGACAAGAAAAGAUAUAUAAAACGCCAAAAAAAAUAUCAUAGUUUCUCUCGCAAUGGCUUCUCUUGCUCGCCCCGCGCUGCUGCUUCGGCAGACUGCUUUAGCCGCAUCGACCCGACGAGCCGCAACCACCACCACCACCACCACAUUCUCGAGACAGCAGCUGAUCCGAUCGGCGGUUCCCAAAGAUGCCGCCCGCGUUGCUGCUUUCCACGCUUCUAGCAGGAGAAGCCUGUUACCUCCGGGACCUCAGGUCAUCAAGGGAACCGUCAACGACGCAGCCCCGAUCCCCGAGCCGAGCCCCUCACACGGCUCGUACCACUGGACCUUCGAGCGCCUGAUCGCGGCGGGGCUCGUCCCGCUGACGAUCGCCCCCCUGGCGGGCGGCUCGCUGAACCCGGGGCUCGACGCGAUCCUGUGCUCGCUCCUGCUCGUCCACAGCCACCUCGGCUUCCAGUCCGUCAUCAUCGACUACAUCCCCACCAGCCGCUACCCCAAGUCCCGCAAGGCCGCCCACUGGCUCCUCAACGCCGCCACCGCCCUCGCCGGCAUCGGCCUCUACGAGUUCGAGACCAACGACGUCGGCCUCACCGAGGCCGUCAAGAGGGUCUGGAAAGCCCAGCCUCAGGUUUAGAUGCGAAAGAAACAUGGACCGAAAAAAAUGAGGAAAAGGGGAAAAACUGGAUUUGGAGAAGAGGGAAAGACCGGGAAUGAAUAAGUAAAGAAAGAAAGCAUUCGGUCUUGUUAUGUAGAAUCGAAAUGAGUGCCUAAGGCACUACAUAAAGCAAUGGCGGUAUGAGCAUGGUGGUGCAUGGCUUGAGGGGGCUCAAAGAAGAGAGGAGAGGGGGGAAGCAAAGUCGGGAUUGUGGGAAAAGCUGCAUGAUACACCACCACGAAUUCCUUUUGUGUUGGAUGA